GCGCAAUUGUAAGCAUUGGCAUGCUCGUCGGAGCAUACCGUGAAUCUCGUAGAAAAGUGGGGUCUGGUAUUUAUGUGCGAGUUCUGUAUUAUUGUUGUUUAGUCAGUAUUUAAUAGCUUGCCGUGCGGUUGGCAGCGAAAAAGAAGGAUAAAGAUCAAAGAUCUCGCAAUUGACCCUGGUACAUACGUCCAUCCAUCCCCGGCCGAAAUGAACAACGCCGCCCCUGUCAAAGUGAACCCAGAUUUAUUGCGGGAAAGACAAAAAUGCACGUUCAACAAUUUGGAGCUGACCCAUUUACUUGACGGAGGAGCAGACAAGACUGCUGAACGCAGAGAAAGAGAGGAGUUCUUCUUGAAUGACCCUGAAUUCAAAUCGAAGACGCCGGUGGAGUACCUGAGUCACAAAGAAAAGUACGAAGAGUCUGUACGCAGGGCGUGCUUGGUUCUUAAGAAGGUUCAACAGUUGCAGGAUCAGGGAAAAGGUGGAAUUGAUAAUUACAGACAAGUUAUUGGGGCCCAGUUGGGAUCCGCGCUUUUGCAAGAUGGCAACCCUAUUGCGUUGCAUUACAUCAUGUUCAUACCUACCCUUAUGGGUCAAGGCACCAUCGAUCAACAGGCCGAGUGGAUCCAGAGAGCCUGGAAUUUGGAAAUUAUCGGCACUUACGCUCAGACCGAGCUAGGACAUGGAACGUUUAUCAGAGGUCUUGAAACAACGGCCACUUAUGAUGCGAAAACUCAAGAGUUUGUUUUGCAUAGUCCUACUCUGACCUCCUACAAAUGGUGGCCGGGUGGUUUGGGACACUCUUCAAAUUACGCCGUUGUUAUGGCGCAAUUAUACACUCAAGAGAAAUGUCGUGGUAUGCACGCUUUCAUUGUCCAACUCAGGGACGAAGAGACUAAUAUGCCUUUACCUGGAAUUAAAAUCGGUGAAAUCGGCUGCAAACUUGGCAUGAACGCUACAAACAAUGGUUUCCUAGGUUUCGAAAAAGUUCGCAUUCCAAGAAAUCAUCUGUUGAUGAAGAACAGCAAAGUUCUUGAAGACGGUACCUACGUCAAAGCACCUAGUAGCAAAUUGGCUUACGGUACUAUGAUCUUCGUGCGUGUAGUCAUUGUAGAAGACGCUGCUUUCUUCUUGAGAAAAGCUGUGACUAUUGCUACUCGCUACAGCGCUGUCAGGCAUCAAUGCCAACUUAAGGCUGGAGAACCGGAAACGCAAAUUAUGGAUUACAUUACUCAACAGUAUAAGCUCUUCCCUAAUAUCGCAACUUUCUUCGCUUACUCAUAUGUCGCUAAGUGGUUAUGGGAGUAUUACAACAACGUUACCGGAGAAUUGGAAGCUGGUAUAUUAGACCGUUUACCAGAACUGCACGCUAUUGCCUGCUGCUUGAAGGCCGUCGCUUCAGCUGAUGCUGCAGCUGGAGUGGAAACCUGCCGUUUGGCUUGCGGUGGACACGGCUACAUGACAUCCUCCAGUUUACCAACUACUUACGGUUUGGUAACGGCCAUGUGUACUUACGAAGGAGAAAACACCGUGCUUUUACUGCAAACUGCUAGAUUCUUAAUGAAGAGUUGUCAAAGCGUGAUGGAAGGAAAAUCUAUGACACCAACAAUCAAAUAUCUAGAAACUUAUCAAACUGCCAAUAUUAAGCCUUUCGAAAAGAACAUCGAAUGGAUUAUUAGUGCAUUGAAGAAGAUGGCUGCUAGUAAGAUCCAAACAACCUUUAACCACAUGAGCAGUCGUGCGGAGAAAGGCAUGGCUCCAGAAGAUGCUUGGAACGAGACCAGUAUUGAGCUCGUCGGUGCUGCCGAAUCCCAUUGCAGAGUGAACGUGGUGGAAAUCUACUACAACAUGAUGUUGCAAAUUAAGAAUACUGUUUCCGAGGAGUUACGCGUCGUUUUAUUCCAAUUAGUCAAUUUGUAUGCGGUGCACAUUGCCUUGAGGUACACAGGCGAUUUACUCAGGUACACCAAUACUUUGGGCAAAGACAUCGAAGAGCUUCAAUCCUGGCUUGAAGAAUUGUUAGCCGCCAUCCGCCCGAACGCUGUCGGUAUUGUAGACAGUUUCGAUAUCAGGGAUGAAAUCCUCAUGUCUACACUGGGUUCCUAUGAUGGCAAUGUCUACGAAAGGCUCUUCGAGGAAGCUUCCAAGAGUCCAUUGAACGCAGAACCAGUCAACAAGUCGUUCCGUCAAUACCUACAACCUUUAUUGAAAUCGAACAUGUAGAGUCAUAUAAAAUAGAGGGAACGCAUGGUAUUAUUUCGAUUAGUUUAGAUUACUUGUUAUGUACAGUAUCGUCGAUAUUUUAUUAUUUAAUUUUUGUUAAUUAAAAUAGUAAAAAUAAAAACAAAGAGUUUACUUGUAAUUAAUUAAACAGAUGAAUAGCCGCCAUUUUGAAAGAA